CAGUAUGUCCGGCCGCGGGAAACAAGGAGGCAAAGUGAGGGCGAAGGCCAAGUCCAGAUCAUCGCGGGCCGGGCUGCAGUUCCCCGUCGGUCGCGUUCAUCGUCUGCUCCGGAAAGGUAACUACGCGGAGCGAGUAGGAGCUGGAGCGCCUGUCUAUAUGGCGGCCGUGCUGGAGUACCUGACGGCCGAGAUCCUGGAGCUGGCGGGCAACGCGGCGCGCGACAACAAGAAGACGCGCAUCAUCCCGCGCCACCUGCAGCUGGCCAUCCGCAACGACGAGGAGCUCAACAAGCUGCUGGGCAAGGUGACCAUCGCGCAGGGCGGCGUGCUGCCCAACAUCCAGGCCGUGCUGCUGCCCAAGAAGACUGAGAGCCACAAAGCAAAAAGCAAGUAAACUUAGGAAAGCUCUUCAGAUAUUUCAAAACAAAGCAUAUAACCCAAAGGCUCUUUUCAGAGCCACCCACACAAUCAAAAAAGAGUUGAGUUGCUUUCUUAGUGAAAGU